CUUUUCGCUUUCACCCUCAAGCAGGCCAUCUCCAUCAGCGCUUCAUUCAACUCCCUUCGCUGAUCGACUUUUUGUCUCGUCAAGAUGGUUCUCGCGGUCGACCUCCUCAACCCCGCGCCUCAGGCCGAGGCCCGCAAGCACAAGCUCAAGACCCUUGUGCCUGCUCCCCGUUCCUUCUUCAUGGACGUCAAGUGCCCCGGCUGCUUCACCAUCACCACCGUCUUCUCCCACGCCCAGACCGUCGUCGUCUGCGCUGGUUGCUCGACCGUCCUCUGCCAGCCCACCGGUGGUAAGGCCCGUCUCACUGAGGGCUGCUCUUUCCGCCGCAAGUAAACGUCUCGACGCAACCGUGCCGGAGCGAUGAUGAAAGCAAUGUGGCGUUCUUCAAUGAUGAUGGAUUAUAAUAUCUCGUUUUUCUGAGGAAACAGAUUCAGAUAGAAGAUGGAAUCCUCGCCCCUUGCGAGAAAGCCCUGCGGAACCACACAGACAAGGGAAAUGAAAAAAAUUUUGACCAGGCACAGAACCUCGUUUUUCUUUUUUUUUUUUUUUUUUU